AUGCCUGACGGCGUCGGUACCUUCCUGAAGGCAUUCGAGCUGGAGACCCCCGAACAGCGGGCGGCCGCCCAAUCGGCUGCCGAGACCCACCAGCAGACCACAACCAGCAGCACCUUGUCGAGUUGCCAAGACACACAGACCCUGGACGUCGAGAGGCAGCGGAUACACCACUACGACGACAUAUGCCAGGUCCCUGAAAACAUCCAGAAGUACUGGUGGCAACGCCACGACAUUUGGUACAAAUACGACGAAGAUGUUUGGAUGACAGACGAUGCGUGGUUUGGCGUUACACCCGAGCCCGUCGCGUGGACAAUCGCAGAGCAGAUCGCAAAUGCUGCUCCGGCCAGCAAGACCACCAUUAUCGAUGCUUUCGCCGGUGCUGGCGGCAAUGCCAUCGCGUUUGCCAGAAGCAACCGCUGGGACAGGAUCUUUGCCUUCGAAAAGGACCCAGAUGUUCUCAAAUGCGCCAAGCACAAUGCUGAGGUAUACGGCGUUGCCAAGAAAAUCUGGUGGGUUGAGGGUGACUGCUUCGAGACCUUGAAGAACCGCUUCCCCUCCUUCGAUGAGCGCACCGUGGUCUUCGCAAGCCCUCCAUGGGGUGGUCCAAGUUACCGAGGCGACAACGUUUUCGAUUUGAAGACGAUGCAGCCCUACAACCUGAAUAAGCUGUACAGAAGUUUCGCCAGGAUCUCGAACGAGAUGGUCCUCUAUCUCCCACGUACUUCUGACCUGAACCAGCUUGCAAAGUACGUGCCUGAGGACCAGAGGAUUCAGGUCGCGCACUAUUGCAUGUGGGGCGCUAGCAAGGCUCUCUGCGCGUUUUACGGUGACUUUGGCCCCCUACCCCCAGCGCGCGCCGACUACAGCAACGACACUUGA